CUCAUUCAUUCCUCAAAUUUUACACUCAGAACCGAGAUAAUGGAGUCGAAACAAGCAGCGCGCGAAGAGACAGCUGAGGUGGCUGCCAGAACCGCUGCCGACGAACUCAGCCAGGUUAACAAGGAGAGAAGGGAGCUGGAGAGUGAAACCGUGGUGGUGGAUCAGCCGGAUUACUUCCGAAAAACGGAAGUCCGGCAAGAAGAGAAGUCUCCUGGCGUAAUCGGCAGCAUUAUCAGGACCGUCGGCCACGCUAAAGAUGCUGUCAUGGGGAAGUCCUACGAAGCGCGGGACACUGCGGAGGAGACGGCCGACACUGCUGCCCGCAACGCCGCAGAUGCCAAGGAUGCGGCGGCGGGGAAGCUUGGCGAGUAUAAAGGCUAUGCGUCGGAGAAGGCCAAAGGCGCCAAAGAUACGGCGGUGGAGUACAAGGACUCAGCGGCGGAUAAGUCUAAAAACGCCAAGGAUGCGACGGCGGACAAGGCUAAGAACGUCAAGGACGCGACGGUCGUCAAGGCCACACAGGCCAAGAAUGCAACGGCAGAAACGGCUAAGAACGAGAAGGAUGCGACGGUGGACAAGGAGGCGGAGUACAGGGAUUACACCGCUGAGAAAGCGAGCCAGGCCAAGAACGCUAACGAUGCGACGGUGAACAAGGCGGCGGAGUACAGGGACUAUGCGGCUGACAAGGCCAGUCAGGCGAAGAAUGCAACGGUGGAGACGACUAAGAACGCAAAGGAUGCGACGGUCGAUAAGGCAAAUCAGGCGAAGAAUGCGACUGUGGAAACGGCUAAGAACGCCAAGGAUGCGACGGUCGAUAAGGCAAAUCAGGCGAAGAAUGCGACUGUGGAAACGGCUAAGAACGCCAAGGAUGCGACGGUGGACAAGGCGGCAGAGUACAGAGACUACGCUGCCGAGAAGGCAGGCCAAGCGAAGGAUGCGACGAUGGAGACGGCUAAGAACGCAAAAGAUACGACGGUAGAGACGGCUAAGAACGCAAAGGAUGCGACAGUGGAGAAGGCGGAUUAUGGCGCUCAGAAGGCUAACGAAGGGAAGGAUACUACGGUGGGGAAGAUCACCGAAUUGAAGGACUCGGCGGCUGGCGCCGCAAGAAGGGCGGUUGGUCACCUGAGGGGGAAGAAAGACGAGACUACGCAGGCGGCGGUAGAAACCGGCGAGGCUGCGAAGCAGAAGGCUGGGGAGGCUAAGGAGGCAGCCAAGGGGAAAUAUGAGGAGACUAAGGAAGAAGCAACGAGGAAAAUGGAGGAUAUGAAAAUUGAAAGCGAGCGUGGCGACGUGAACAGGGGCGGUGGAGGUGGAGGAGUUCUUGGAGCUUUAGGAAGCAUGAAGGAUGCCAUCAAGGAUAAGCUAACACCGCAUCCAGCAGAUAAAGAGACGGUGGGAGGCGAUGUGCGGCGGCUUGGUUUAGAUGAGAAGGGGACGCCGGUGGCAGUGCGGGUGGAUGUGGAGACCACUACAGCUGGCUCCACGGCCUCCCGCCUGAGGGAGGCUGACCAGAUAGCCGGCCAGACAUUCAACGACGUCGGGCCAUUGGAUGACGAGGGCACCUCAGCCCGUGUGCACGUUGAUCGCCCCGGGAAAAUGUAAUUCCAUCAAGCCUGGGCUGCCGUAUUUUGUUUUUUUUUUGGCUGAUUCUCAGUUAUCUACGUUUUUAAUUUUCUUGUUUUUAAAAUCUGUCUUGCUAUGUGCGUAACGCAUGUAUUUUGGAUGUUUUACAAUGAUGACAACAUAAAUUACUGAUCCU